UCUGGUUAAUAAUGGCUCCGUCCAGUGGCGUAUUUUGAGGACAAGGACAUGUACCUCCUGUCAGUGUUGUUUUCACAUGUGAAGCAAACAUGGCGAGGUUUUUGAGGCCUAACAUCAGGACUUUUGUCACCUCACAGCUGAGAAUGGCAUCCGACCAGCUGGGUGAGCUGGGUAAAGGUGCAGGAAAAGGCGGUGGCGGUGGAGGGUCCAUCAGAGAGGCAGGUGGAGCCAUGGGGAAGAAGCAGGCCGCUGAGGAGGAGAUGUACUUCAAGCGUAAGGAGCAGGAGCAGCUGGCCUCUUUGAAGCAGCAUCACCAGGAGGAAAUCGACCACCACAAAAAGGAGAUUGAACGUCUGCAACGUGAGAUCGACCGCCACAAGGGAAAGAUCAGGAAGCUGAAGCACGACGACUGAGGGAAGCCCUCUGGAAAAAAAGUUUCAGUUUUCUCACCGCCCUAGCCAAACAGCUUUAAUAAUUACUCAGAUUGCUGCAUGCACUGAGUCACCGGGACAUUCAUGAAUGUAUGGUUGAUUGUUCUGUAUAUGCACGAGAUAUUAAAACCAUUCAUAAAUGAUUGUUUCCAUGGCAUGCUGUGGCACAAGUUGUACAACUUUUUCAACCCUUUCCCCUGUUUUGUGGUUGUUGCUGUACAGUAUGUUGCAGGCAAACACCAAACGUGGAAAAACCUAAAUAUAUUUAAAAGCUUCACAUGGCAGCAUCAAUUUAUUUUCUUGUGUGAUGUAUAAAUAAAUUUGUAAUGUAAA